AUGGUAGCACGCGUUGCAGGUGUAUUUGAUGAAAAGCUAACGGAAGCGAUCGCUAAUUCUAAGAUUUUAGUAGUAGGUGCCGGUGGUAUAGGUUGUGAAAUUCUAAAGAAUCUCGUUUUAACCGGCUUCCCGCAAAUUGAGAUUAUCGACCUUGAUACCAUCGACGUAAGCAAUUUAAACCGUCAGUUUUUAUUCCACAAAGAGCAUGUUGGGAAGUCGAAAGCACAAGUGGCUAAGGAUAGCGCUUUGAGUUUCAACCCCCAUGUUAAUAUUGUAGCACAUCAUGACAGCGUUAUUAGCAAUGAUUAUGGUGUAAGUUACUUUAAGCAAUUUAACAUUGUUAUGAAUGCAUUAGACAAUCGGGUAGCUCGCAAUCAUGUCAAUAGAAUGUGUCUUGCGGCCAAUGUACCAUUAAUUGAGACGGGAACUGCUGGAUAUGCAGGACAGGUAGAACUGAUCAAAAAAGGUCUGACCCAAUGCUAUGAAUGUCAACCAAAAGCACCACAGAAAACCUUCCCAGGGUGCACAAUACGUAACACUCCCUCUGAACCGAUACAUUGCAUAGUAUGGGCUAAGCAUCUCUUUAAUCAGCUUUUUGGUGAAGAAGACCCAGACCAAGACGUCAGUCCAGACACUGCAGAUCCAGAAGCUGCUGGAGAUGCUGGUGCCUCUGCACUGUCUUCAGAAGGAAAUGCAGCUGGUAACAUAGAAAGAAAAAGCACCCGUACAUGGGCUGCAGAAACAAAUUAUGAUCCAGAAAAGCUGUUCUCCAAGUUAUUUGGAGAUGAUAUUCGCUAUUUAUUAUCAAUGGAAAAUUUGUGGAAGAAACGCAGGCCACCUACUCCAUUAACAUGGGAUAAUUUACCAGGAAAGGAUGACCCACCAACACAACAUUCAGGGUUGGCAGAUCAGAGAGUUUGGUCUGUACAUGAAUGUGCUCAGGUUUUUGCAGCAAGUUGUAAUGCUUUGCAAGCAGAACUGAAAGGACGUCCAGUAGGCGACCACCUUGUUUGGGACAAAGAUGAUAAGAGCGCCAUGGAUUUCGUAACAGCAUGUGCAAACAUUCGCGCUCACAUCUUCAAUAUACCCUUAAAAUCGAGAUUUGAAAUCAAAUCGAUGGCGGGCAACAUAAUUCCGGCAAUAGCAACGGCUAAUGCAAUUGUCGCAGGACUUGCAGUUUUACGCGCCCAAUCCAUACUAACAGGGGAAAUAGAAUCAUGCACCAGUGUGUAUCUGAGACCUAAGGUAAACCAUAGGGGCCAGUUGUUUGUACCAGAAAAAACAUUAACAGCACCAAAUCCAAAAUGUUACGUCUGCGCCCCUAAACCGGAAGUUGCGCUCGCUUGCAACAUCAAGCAACUGACGCUCAAGGAUCUGACAACAGCUUUCAAGGACGGUCUCAACAUGCAGGCACCAGAUGCAACGGUUGAAGGAAAAGGUCUCGUCGUUCUGUCCUCAGAGCCCGGUGAAACCGAUCACAACAAUCACAAAACGCUGGAAGAAAUAGGACUGAACGACGGCUGCGCUUUACUAGUCGACGAUUUUCUCCAAAACUACGAAGUGAGAGUCAGACUGCAGCAAGAAGACGACGAAAAGUCUUGGCGUUUGAUCACAGACCCGGACACGCCGAUGCCAGCGCCUAAAGAUGACAAACCAGCCAACGGUGCGAACGGUUCUGAUGAACCGAAACCUGGUCCGUCUCGAUCCCGUGAUGACAGUGACAGUGACAUGGAAAUCGUUGAGGAAGACGAUGGUGGCGAGCCCAUUGUGAAACCACCGAAGCGUCGGCGCACCGAAAUAUCAGACGAAAUCGUAGAACUUUGUUAG